AUGAGCUUCGAAGAGGAUGCUGACGGCGGCAACGGCUGCUUGUCGAAUGGCUGUAAAGUAACUCCUAAAAUGAGUUGCUCAGAAGAUGAUGACGCUGACACACGAUCAGCUCCAGGAGAUUUGGGAGCUCCACCAAAAGCCAGACGUAUGAAAUGGAGCCAUAGUCGUCAAGCUUCUCAAGGUGUCCCUCCGAGAGACGUCAAAAGACCUCGUCGAAUAAAAGACAACCACUGGGAGGAAAAGCAGAACGAAUUAAUUGAGAAGGAGAUGAGUGUCCUAGCUCAAGAAUCACAGUGUGGAGUAGGCAAAUGGCGACCUAGAUGGCUUCAAUUCAUUGGCACAAGGAAUUGGAUGAUGCUUCUUCUUUGUUGGUACUGUAUGGUUCAAGGAAUGGUUAAUAACGGUCUUGUGCCGUCCGCUAUAUCAUCGAUUGAGCGAAGAUACAAGCUUAGUACUAGUACUAUGGGUAGAAUAGUUCAGUUCUAUGAUUUUGGCUAUGUUCUGUUUUGUAUUCCUGUUUCAUACUUCGGAGGUCGUCAUAGCAAGCCAGCUGUUCUGGCUGCAGGUCUUGCUCUUAUGGCAACUGGAAGUUUUCUGUUCUCAACACCUCAUUUGUUAGCUGAUAGUUAUUCAGCCAAUAUCGGUAAUACAUCUCUCGGGUCAUGUAGUGUUAAAUCAGAUUUUUAUAAUGAGAGUAAUCCUGUAGCCGAGUCAUUAACCGCUCCUUGUCCAAUCAACCACAAUACUCAUCCUGGCAGUUUUCGUUAUGUUUUCCUGUUCUGCCUUGCUCACUUUUUACAUGGAAUAGGAGCAACUCCUUUGUUUACUAUUGGCGUCAGUUAUAUAGAUGAAAACGUUGGGCCAGCACUUUCUUCUCUUUUCGUUGGUAUUUUUUAUGCAUUCGCAAUCUUUGGACCAGCAGCAGGUUUUCUAACAGCCGGGACUCUUCUGCGAUAUCAUACCGAUUUUUGGCAUCUACCUGCCGAGCAAAUCCUACGCGUUAGUGGAGAUGAAAGUGAUCCUUCAUGGGUUGGAGCCUGGUGGUUAGGCUUCAUAAUUGCCUGUGUGCUGGGUUUUGUGGCUGUUCCUCUGAUUAGCUGCUUACCAAAAGUCCUUCCUGCAUCUCUUUCUUGGCAUCGUACCCGUCUUCACGAAGCAUCGCAGUCAGGUAGACGUCGAACUCCAGAGUGUUGCGGAAUCGCCGGAACUAACAAGACAGCUGCCUUAUAUAGUGAUACUCCUGAGCAAACAACUCUUCUGUAUUCAAAUAUAACAAAUCGAGCAAGAGGACCGUUGUGGUAUAAGCUUUGGCUAGAUGUUCGUCACAUUCCUGUUUCGAUCUAUCGGAUUUUAACAAAUGGACCGUUCAUGAUCAUUACAAUCGCUAUGGCUGUAGACAGUCUUGUGGUCACCGGAGCUUCUUCUUUUAUGUCCAAAUACUUGGAACGCCAAUUUAGUGUGGCUCCCAGUAAGGCGAACGUACUGAUCGGUUGCAUUAUGGUACCAAUGGCUGGUGUGGGAUGUAUGCUUUCGGGUUACAUUGUUCAAUACUUCCGACUGAAUUGCGUGAAAACGCUCAAGUUGGCAAUUGGACUACUGUUCAUAUCGCUUAUGCUAACUCCAAUGUAUCUAAUCUAUUGUCCCCACGACUCUUUGGUUGGAGUUCAAACAGACUACCCAGAAAAUCCAUAUGAUCCAACGGCCAAUUUCACAUAUAUAACAUCGUUUGAUACCGUCUCUCUAACAGCGUCGUGCAAUGCUCAUUGUUCGUGCAGUGAAUCAGAGUAUCAACCUGUAUGUGCAGAAUUUUUGGAUGGCUCACAAAUAAGUUAUUAUUCUCCCUGUUAUGCGGGUUGUUCUGAAUCAUAUUCUCCGACUAUCAAGAUCUACGAUGAUUGCCGCUGUGUGGCAUCCAAUACACGAACAGCUCCUCAUCGGGUGAAAAAAGGUUUAUGUGAGAGCAAAUGUAGUGGAUUACUGGGAUUCCUUGUUCUUUUUGCUCCACUGAGUUUCUGUACAUUCGCUGUUGGUGUCCCGAUUAUUUCGGUCAUUCUUAGAACUGUUGAUUACGGUGAGCGAAGUUUCGCUCUAGGAAUUCAGUGGAUCCUUGUUCGCGUCAUUGGAACUAUUCCUGCUCCUGUCUUGUUCGGCUGGAUGUUCGAUGUUAGUUGUAUUCGAUACCAGUCUGAGCCUUGUGAAUCACAAACUGGUAGCUGCCUGCUUUAUUCGAAUAAACUCCUAGCUGAUCUCUUCCUCACGUUUUCUAUAGUUGGCCAGGCUCUCGCAAUGGUGAUUCUCAUAUCUGCUUUAAUGCUUUAUGGCGGCUCUUUACAAGAUGAUCCACUGCCGGCUGGACCCAUUAAAGAUGCUAAAAAGAGCGUUUCGCCAGGACCAAUAGAAACACCUGAAGGCAUUCAAAUGACAGCAGAGGAAGCAGAAGCUGAACGGAGAAAAAUGAAAGACGAUCUUCCAAUCGCGUAA